AUGUCCAACCAAACCACCAUGAUCAAAUUCCUUCUCCUGGGAUUCUCUGAUGUUCCAGAACUGCAGAUUUUGCACUUUGAGCUGUUUCUAGUGCUUUAUCUGACAUCCCUACUGGGGAACCUUCUCAUCACCACAGCCAUAGCCGUCAACCAUCAACUUCACACCCCCAUGUACUUCUUCCUGAUGAAUCUGUCCAUCCUAGACCUUGGCUCCAUCUCUGUCACCAUCCCCAAAUCCAUGGCCAACUCCCUCAUGAACACAAGAUUGAUUUCUUAUUCUGGAUUUGUCGCCCAAGUCUUUCUUGUCUUCUUCUUCGCUUCAGCAGAUUUUGCCAUACUGACCAUCAUGGCAUACGACAGAUAUGUCGCCAUCUGCCAACCACUGCACUAUGAGAGAGUGAUGAACAGAAGAGCUUGUGUCCAAAUGGCAGCCAGUACCUGGAUCAGUGUUAUUCUCUAUUCUGCAGUGCACACUGGAAACACAUUUGCAAUAUCUUUCUGUGGAGGCAACAUGGUGGAUCAGUUCUUCUGUGAAGUCCCCCAGCUCCUCAAGCUUGCUUGCUCUAACUCAGACCUCAGUGAAGUCGGGUUUCUCAUCUUUAGUGUGUGCUUAGCCUCAAGCUGCUUUGUUUUCAUAAUUGUAUCAUAUGUUCAGAUCUUCACCACAGUGUUGAGAAUCCCCACUGAGCAAGGCCGGCAUAAAGCCUUCUCCACCUGCCUCCCUCACCUCAUUGUGGUCUCCUUGUUUAUUUGCACUGGGACCUUUGCCUACUUGAAACCCACCUCCAGCUCAACCUCAGGUCUGGAUCUCAUGGUGGCUGUUCUCUAUUCUGUGUUGCCACCAAUGACGAAUCCGAUCAUCUACAGCAUGAGAAACAAGGAGCUCAAAGGUGCACUGAGUAAAGUGAUAGGUUGGAGGUUAUUCUCUAAGAAUAAAAUGUCCAUAUUUCUCCAUCGGUAA